AUGGAGGAAGAGCGGCGACUGGUGGAGGAGGCAGAGAGGCAGAAGGAGGCAGCUUCCAGGAAGCAGGGCUCUGACAGGGGCAGCAAGUCCUCUAGUAAGAGUCCUUCCCCUACCUCUGCUGGUCCAGGAAGGGUCAGGAGGUCAAGAUGGGGCCAGACAGGCACGCUGCCUGUCUCCACAGUCACCCAGUCAUCUCACCAUCUACACUCCUUGAGCAGUAACCUCAGUAAACUUGUAGUCAGUGCUCUGUCUACAACCAGCGAGAGUGUCUCAAUCACAGCAGUGUGCAUGUCUGCGUCCUCUCCUUCCCCCCGCCCUGCUAACACAGGAGGCAUGGCUAAUACCACUCCACCAAGUAUUGAUAAUAGACUCAUUCUCACUGCCAAGCAUAACAAGAACCGCCAGCCAGUUAACCCCUCACCCUAUGUGGGUAAUGGUAUUAUGAGUCCAGCAGUAUCGGAAGCGGCAGAGGUCACUUCUUCCAACAAUCAUAUCGCAAUGCAGCAGCAAGAACUGCUGAAGAAACAAACCCAACAGUUGAUACAGCUCAAGGUUAGGCAAGAACUGAAGAAGCAACAACAGCAGCAGCAACAACAACAGCAAGCAAAAUUACAGCAGCAGAACAAGCAGUCCCAGCAGCAGCAGCGACUGCCACCUGUAGCAGCAGCGGGCCAGAAGGAUGGAGCAAAGAUACCAGCAGAUAUCAACGGUGAACAGAACAGCUUAAACCACGGGAACGCGAAAAAUGCCCUUAAUUCAAAGCCAACAGUGCAGAUAAACAACUAA